GUCCGCUGCCCGCUCUCGUCUCAGUCCACAGGAGACGUUCUGCUCCAGCCACCAUGGCCCGCCUCGCCACCCUCGCCAUGCUCCUCCUGUCCCUCCUGUCCGUCGCAAGCUGCCGCGACCUUGAGGCCAUCUCCGACGACCAGGGCCCACCCGUCCCCGUCCUCCUCACUCGAGCUGAUCAAGCGGAUGCUGCUGCUGAGGCGACGACCCUUCCGAGCUUCCCGGCCCCGGUCGUCGCAUGGGACGAGGACGAGCUCCCAUCCCACCGCGGUCACCUCUGGUUGGCGCGCCCGCGCCAUCACGGCUUCUUCCACCGCCGCGGCGCGUUCUCCGGCCUGGGCGAGGCCCGCGUCCAACCUGCGGCCUUCUUCCCCACGGAGGUGCUGGGAGAAGAGCAAGCACACUGGGAGGCGGUGCUGGAGGUGGUCGCGGAGCCUGAACCCGACACCCACGGCGAGGAGGGUGAGGGGAACGAGGCAGUGAAGGCGUGGAAAGUGGAGAUGAUGGCGAGCAUGUUCGUCCACGGCGUCGGCCUCCACCACCGUCACCACCACGACCAGGACGAGGAGGACGACGACCACAGGCAGGGCAAGGAUGAAGAAAUGAACACGAAGCUGCUCGGACGCCUCCACCUCCACGCCCACGACGGCGACCACGAGGCUGACGAACUGGGAGAACUGGCUAGGAGGCUGGGCCCGGCGACCACGAGCACGAGGAGCUUCAACCACGGCGACCACCACCUUGGGGCGGAGGAAGCAGGCGGGGUGAAGAAGUGGUUCAAGGGCCUCAUGAACCGAUUCUAGACAUGCAUGCAUACCGCCCAGGACGGCUGGUUUAAUUACUAUGAAUACUGUUUGCUCUGCACCUCCGCGUCUACGUGGCGCGUCGAUCGGGUGUUCUACCAUUUCGUUUACCUUCCGAUUAUUCCACAUUACCGCUUCGGUUCAUGUACUGGUGUGCUACUGGUGACUUUGUGAGGGUUGUGAAAUUGUUACGAGUAGCAAUGUUACGUGUUUCUUAUAACUACGUAAUUACUUUGUCUUCUUAUGUACUCGCUCUGUUUCAUAAUUUUUAUUGUGCUUGUAGUUCAAAUUUAAUCUAAAA